AUGGAUCCCACUCUCAAAAACAAAAAGCACCCCAAACCCGCAAAUCCAGAUCCCAUUAUACCCUCUUCCAAACCGUUUUACAUGUCCAAAACAACCCAAAAAUCCACCAAGCACCCACCAUCUAAUUGCAAAGAUAUCCACUUGCAAGCCAAAGCCAUGACUGUCUCUGCUGAUUUUGGUGCUUCUAGGUUCUCAAUCAUCAAACCGAAACAUCAGCAACAGCCCAAGAAGAAGACUGUUGAAGCGAGAGAAGUGGAAAAAUCGGAGAGCAAAACAGCAACUGCAAAGGAAGAUGUUCAUAAGGUCAAGAAAUUGUCAUCUAAAGAUCAGUUGCAGCAGCAGCUGGAGAACAGGAAGAAAGUUGAAGAAUUUGUAGGAGCGAAUGAAAACAAAGCCAAGGAAAUAGUGACUUGUACAGUGAAGGAUGGUGACCUACUUGAAUGGAAUGAUAUGAAUAAGAGGAUGUCAUCAGUUUCAUUAAUAGAAAGGAGGAGAUCCUUUUGUGGGUCACAAGCAGAGCUAGCAGAUUUUCUUGCAAGCAAUGGUGCUAAAAUUGUUUCAGUUGAUAUGCCACCAUUUAUGCAGAUCCAUGCUAUUGGUUGUGCUAGGAAGACUUGUGACAGUCUUGAAAAGUUCACCUCCAAGACCCUUGCACUGACUCUCAAGAAGGAGUUUGAUGGGAUUUACGGGCCGGCUUGGCACUGCAUUGUGGGGACAAGUUUUGGAUCUUUUGUGACACAUUCUGUUGGGGGGUUUCUAUAUUUCUCCAUGGAUCAAAAGUUGUACAUCCUGUUGUUCAAGACUACAGUACAAAGGGCAGAUUAA